GUCAUAUUUCUCGUCAUUCAGGCCAGCUAACUGAGAACAAGCGACGGCCUUCUCUAAUCUUUCAUUGAAAAAAGACGAAAGCGAGACGAAAACACAAAUAGAUUGACACCGCCAAAAUGAUCCACAGCCUGUUCCUCGUGAACUCCUCGGGGGACAUUUUCCUGGAGAAGCACUGGAAGAGCGUUGUGAGCCGCUCCGUGUGCGACUACUUUUUCGAGGCGCAAGAGCGCGCCAGCGAGCCGGAGAACGUGCCCCCAGUCAUCCCGACCCCACACCACUACCUAAUCAGUGUGCUAAGGCACCGCAUUUACUUUGUGGCAGUUAUUCAGAGCGAGGUGCCGCCACUCUUUGUCAUUGAGUUCUUACACAGGGUGGUUGAUACAUUCCAGGACUACUUUGGGGUGUGCACGGAGGCAGCGAUCAAGGACAAUGUGGUGGUAGUAUAUGAGCUACUAGAGGAGAUGCUGGACAAUGGUUUCCCCCUGGCCACAGAGUCCAAUAUCCUCAAAGAGCUCAUCAAGCCGCCCACCAUCCUGCGCACAGUGGUCAACACCAUCACAGGCAGUACCAAUGUAGGGGAGCAGCUCCCUACUGGCCAGUUGUCCGUGGUGCCUUGGCGACGCACUGGAGUGAAGUACACAAACAACGAGGCCUACUUUGAUGUAGUGGAGGAGAUUGAUGCCAUAAUCGAUAAAUCAGGCUCCACUAUCACAGCAGAGAUCCAGGGGGUGAUUGAUGCCUGUGUGAAAUUAACAGGCAUGCCUGACCUCACUCUCUCGUUCAUGAACCCUCGUCUGCUGGAUGAUGUGAGCUUCCACCCGUGUGUGAGGUUCAAGCGCUGGGAAGCGGAGAGGAUCCUCUCUUUCAUCCCCCCAGAUGGAAACUUCCGGCUGCUCUCCUACCACGUCAGCUCCCAGAAUCUGGUGGCCAUCCCAGUGUACGUCAAGCACAACAUCUCGUUCAGGGAGGGUAGUUCUCAGGGCCGCUUUGAGCUGACCCUGGGCCCCAAGCAGACCAUGGGGAAGGGAGUAGAGGCUGUUCUGGUCAGCAGCCAGCUGCCCCGCGGAGUUCUCAACACCAACCUCAACCCCACCCAGGGGACAUACACCUUCGACCCUGUCACUAAGCUCCUGUCGUGGGACGUGGGUAAGAUCAACCCUCAGAAACUGCCGAGUCUAAAAGGCUCUAUGAGCCUGCAGGCAGGGGCCUCCAAGCCAGACGAGAACCCGACCAUCAACAUCCAGUUCAAGAUCCAACAGUCGGCCCUCUCUGGACUGAAGGUGAAUCGGUUGGAUAUGUACGGGGAGAAGUACAAGCCAUUCAAAGGCAUCAAGUACAUGACCAAAGCUGGCAAAUUCCAGGUCCGGACAUAGAGGCUUGACUCGUCACUCUCUGGCCUCUGCACCACUACUGUACAACAGAUAGGAGGUGGUUUCAGAUGGGGGAGGGGGGGGUUGUGUGUGGCUAUGAUGCAUUCCCUGUGUAAAUGCAUUUCAGGAUUUAUCCUCACUAACUAGAGGCUCUGCUGUCUAACUGAACUACCACAGAAUGUGUGACACGACACACAAAAUCCUGUUUUUAAUGGAGUUGUUUGCACUGUCUGUGUUAGUUAUGAGGUUACCAGUCUCAGCGUAGCUACGGCUUUUGUAGCAGGCCUAAAAUUGGUAUCUCUGUUGUCAUUUCUGGUUCUCUUUCCAAGCUCUUUGCUAUCCUUUUGAGUUCUCUUUGGAGUUAUGUGCUUCCCUCAGAUGUGUCACUACAGUCUACUGCUAGUACCCUUUUUCUCGUGCUUCAAUCAAUUCCUUAUCAUCAACAUUGCCCAGAGUAUCUUCUGGUCAGGUUACAUGGCCAGGAAACAGUCCUGGUGCUACUUCUAUUACAUUCCUAUGUUAAUCAAAUCAAAUCAAAUUUAUUUAUAUAGCCCUUCGUACAUCAGCUGAUAUCUCAAAGUGCUGUACAGAAACCCAGCCUAAAACCCCAAACAGCAAACAAUGCAGGUGUAAAAGCACGGUGGC